CGACCCGGCCACACAGCUGCCAGGGAAGGACUGCUACUUUCUGUCGGACGUGGACGGCAACACGGCUAGAGCGUCCAUCAUGAACGAUGUCUUCGUCAAAUCGGUGACUACAUUUUGUGAGAGCAAUACCAAUGACCCGGAUUACCUUCACAACGACCUGGCCCCGAACCUGCAUAACAAGAUGUGUGGGGGCAAGGGCACCUGGGACGUCAUCUUGGAGAGCCCCGACUUCAGGGGAGGUACCAACCCACCCGUCAACAAGACCGAGGCUGAGAUAAGACCGACGUUCAACGUUCUGUUCAACGCUAAAACCACAACACACACUGGAGGGGAAGUCUGUGGUAGACCCGUGGUCCUUGUCCUGGAUGUUUCCGGUUCAAUGCUAUCGAACGACCGCUACUUCAAACAAGGUCAGACAGCAGACAAACUCAUCAGAGAUAUCCUUCCCGUGGGAACCAAGGUCGGGGUGGUAACGUUUAGUUCCACAGCGUCUAUAGCAAUACCACUGACGCUGUUGUCGACGACCGCUGACAGAGACCGUGUUUCAAACCAGCUGCCGACACAGCUAUAACUAUGGAGGUUCCACCGGGAUUGGUCGUGGACUCCUUCUUGCUAAACAGAUGCUAGAAGGUGCAGGUGCGUUAAAGGAAGGCAGGAUAGUGCUGAUCACAGAUGGAGAGGAGAACGUUCCACCUUACGUAGCUGAUAUGAAAGGACAGUUACUCCAGGCUGGAGUCCGGGUACACGCAGUGGCCUACAGUAGUGCAGCUGCCCGUGCCAUAGGGAAACUAGCAAAUGAAACAGGUGGCCAAUACGCCUACUAUUCUGAGGGCGCCGCCUCCACCGUCCUCGACAGCGUCAUCGAGACCUUGAUGAAAGACAUCUCCAUCUGUAACAACAGGGUCCGUAUAGAGAUAUUGAGAGCAGCUAAGUUUGUGACUGGCGGUACAACUGUGGAAGACGACGUAAUUAUGGACGCUACAGUAGGGAGUGAUACAAUGUUUGUCUUCACCCUCCCGCAUGGAACAUCAGUGACGGUACGAAGUAGUGAAUAUUCCAUCGACCCCACACUCAACAUCGUCAGAUUCAACUUCCACAAAGCACAGACAGGGGUAUGGCGCUAUUCACUGUGGAGCCCGACAUCUGGCACAGUGACCCUUGUGGUGAAGGCGCUCCCCGCGGACCACGCCCAACCCUAUGAGAUCAACUCCUGGCUGUCCUCCACGGGCGCUGAUCUCUCCAUAGCUAACCCAGUUAAACCUAUCGUCUAUGUCAGUGUACGCAAAGGCUACUCCCCCGUUGUCGACGCUGACGUUACUGUGAUUGUAGAACGACCAACUGGUCCUCCCGUGACUCUAAAACCACAGGAUGACGGGACAUUGCCGGACAACAUGGCCGACGACGGGGUGUAUUCCGUGUACUUCACCCAGUUCAGCGGAAACGAGAGAUACUCCCUGGAUGUAGACGUGAGGACCAUCGCUCACAAAACACGCUACUUCAUUCAGGGAGGUCCCGCCUUCGGGAGGGCAAACUCAAGAUUUCACAACGUUACUCCCCUGUCACAACUAAACUUGCCGAGAAUUUCACCCGCUCAACCUCUGCUGGUGCAAUGGACGUGGAUGGCUUUGAGAAAGGAAAAGACAUGUAUGCCCCGAGUAGAGUCACCGAUCUGAAGGUCAUCUCUUUUGAUACCAGAAAUCAUACAGUGACCUUGACCUGGACUGCACCUGGGGACGAUCUCAAUGUCGGCACUGCUUCCAGAUAUGAAAUACGAAUCGCAGAAACUACUGCCGCACUGAGAAAUGAGUUCUCGUCUUGCCUAAACGUGACACCAAAUAUGAUCAUAUCUGGACAUUUGGCGCCCAGCCCCGCCAACAGCAGGGAGGAGAUGACGAUCAAGACACCCGUUGGUUGGACGACGGUCGGGUUUGCCAUGGUGACCUUUGAUGAAGUCAAUCACGACUCUGAUAAAUCCAAGAUAGCUAUGGCAACUUUCAAACAAGUAACACUUACAGGCGAAGUAACUGCCGAAACAAAGCUACCGUGGCAGUCGUCCACGUCACUACCCAUGCAGUCGGACGAGUCACUACCGAUGCAGACGCCAAGCCCGGUUGUAAUCGUCGCCGUUGUCGGCGGUACAUUAGUGGCUGUUGUUGUUGGUGCUGCAGGUGCUGUUUUAUUGCCAGGAUGUUCAUCAAGAAGAAGAUUCUCCAUAUGCCAUCCGACCCGCUUGAUGCCGAAAUGACCGAGCCAUCUGUUCCACACGAGUCGUUCUUCUUAAAUGUGAAAUAUUGAACUAUUGUACUAUGUCAGUCAGUUGUUGUUUAGGAUAUUCCACUUCAUCACACCGAACAUCAUUGUACUGUCCAAUGACCACUGAUGAGACCACACUCAGACUGAGACAAUCGCCGGCCCAGGACAAAGACUCACACUACAACGAUACCAUGUUUUACCUGGUGAAUAUUGAUUGGAGGCGUGAGGUUGAGGUGAAUGAGUUAUACAAGACAUUUAAUCGCACCUCUGAGUCACUACGAUAUCUGUAGUUACAGUAAAAUACAUUUCCACGAUGUAAAAUAUACAUUUGAUGUGAUGAUCGUGCAUAAUUUAUAAGCAAUAAAUGAUGAUUUACUAAUCAAA